UGAAGAUUAAAAAUAAAAAGAAAAAAAAAACAUUUAUUUAGAAUUCAAAAACAAAAUGGCUAAUGGAGCUGAGGAGAAACUUUAUCUUCACGAUGUAAGUCUGGAGACUAUGGAUAUUGAUUUUGAUUUAAAAACCUGGAAUAUGGAGAGAAAAUUCAACAAUGCCAUAGAGGAAUUAAGAAAUCUAAAGAUGUUAAAUAUCCCAGACAAAGCAUCACAUUCAAAAAGCACUUCCAACCUACUUUCUAACCAAUCAUCAAACUCUAACAAACUGCUUCCAAACCAACUAACCAACCACACCAAACUACUAUGCCCUGGGAUAGUCAACGAAAGCAAACGACCAUCAACACAUUCAACAAAUAAUUUUAAAACAAUGUCGACCAAUGUUUCAUUUGAAUCGAUAAAUUCAAGCGAAAUUUCGUCAACUGAUUCUGAAUCAUAUAUUGAUUUAAAGACGUCACAUCAAAGUUUACGAUCACCCUUUAUGGAUCUAGAAUCAACCUUUUCCCCGGAUGAAAAAUCACCCGGUCCAAACAAGAGAUCACCCAAUCCUGAAACGAUAUCACCCGGUCCAGAUAAAAUUUUGCAGAAAAUAGAAUAUAAAGAAUUACCCGGUUCAUGUUUUCUCUCUCUCUCUCCUCUCUCAGCAUCAGGGACAGACAGUUCUAAUGAAGAGGAGAGAAUAAAGAUGGCCUCUAAAUAUUUCUACAGAUGGAAUAAUAUUCGUCUUUUAAAUAAGAAGAAGGAAGUUAAAGCAGAAAAGUUUUUCGAGAUGAAUACAAAAUUCAGAGCCCUGUAUGGAUGGAGAAAAUCAGUGGAAAGAUUAAAAAUGGAGAAAAUUGAAACAGAAUUGAACGAAGAAGAAUGUAAUGCACACAUGAAAAGAAUUUUAGCAACGAAAUACAGGGAUAGAUAUAUACUUAGUAAAGCAUUUCUGGCUUGGUUCACCUUCUCUAGAAUACAAGAUAGGAAGAAGAAGCUUAUUGCAGUUCAGAUGGAUAAGAAAGAGACAAAACUGAAAGUUGAAUCUUUCUUGGAAAGCUUGACGUCUCUGAGGAAAAAGAAUCAGCAAGCAAUGAGGAGAAAAAUUGUGGAAAAUACACAACUUUUUAACAUCAUUUUUCCAGAUAGAGCAGAAAAGACCUUUAGGAGAGAAAACAAUAUUGAAAACAAGAAGAAACAUAGUUUGAUCCAUAACCAGUUCAACACUGAGGCUCGGAUAGAAAAGAAGAAAGAUUUGUCGUCUGCAAUUAUAGAAUCCCAAAGAAAAAAAAUAAAAGAUCAAGAGAAAAAACUAGAAGAAUUAAGGGAAAUAAAAUCAAGGUUAGAAAAUAAUCGGCCUCCACUGCAGCCAAAAAUCCUCCAACAUUUAAAAAGAAAAAAAUCAGCCAAGAAAGAAAUGCAAGAAUUCAGUAAAGAAGAACAUGAAAUGGAAGAUAAUAAAGAAUGUGAAGAAACGGAUGAAGGUACAGGAAAAGUGGGGGAAGAAAACAAAAUAAACACAAAAAAUAAUAACAUGGAAGUAAAAGAGCAAAAAAUGCCAUCAGACGAAUCAGAAUAUAAUUAUAGCGAGGAUUUUGAGGAUGACGAUGAAGUGCAUUGUUCCAAAAAAACUCCAGAAAUUUUAAUAAAAAUACAAGAAAAGGACAAGAGAAGACGAGAAAAAAGAGAACAAAUAAGGAAGCUGCAUGAGCUGCGAGCUGCUGAGGAGAGGGAGAGGAGAAGGAGUAUUGAAGUAAAGAAGGAGAAGGAAGCAGAGGAGGAGUUGAGGGAACGAAGAGCCAGAUGGCGUCAGCAAAGGAAAGAGGAAAUGGCACGUGAAAUGAGAAAACGGAAGGAAGAAGAAAAGAGAAGAUACGCUGAACUUAAAGCAGACAACUUUUAUAACUCGUUUUUGCUCAGAAGGUACGGAUUGACCCCCUGGAUUCGUCUGCUGGAAGACGUAAGGCUAAAAGAACUUGAAUCAUCACUUUUUCAUAAAUAUCAGCUAAAAAGGAAAAUGUUUAAUGCUUGGCAACAAGUCUGCAGGGAGGAGGAAUCAAAAAAGGAAUAUUUCAAAAAAAUUUAUAAAAGUCACAAAAAUUAUUUGAAACCAAUAAUGUUAUGA